UCAGUCCUGCAUGCACCGCAUAAAGUUAUUAUUUGUUUGUCGUUGUCGGUCUAUAAUCACUCCAUGUCAAUUUAGGAUCCAAAGUGCAUUUAUUGAGGAAAGGGAUCCAUUGACUGAGAGAUUUUUGUUUAUCAAAUACCUCAGCACAGUCCAACAAAGAAAUAAGAAAAUAGCAUAAUCGCAGGCAAUCUAUAAACUUUGUAAAUUACACCCUGCUUCCUCCAGCCUAAUUUUGUUUUUAUUCUUUUAACCUCGCUAUCGCGAGGAAGUACGUUCACAGUGUAGGCAUAACCGUUUCAAUUGUGUGGAGGUAAUUGAGUCAGCAAUUGAAGAAGAGAAAGGGAACAGAAUGGCCAAACCCAAUCCUCGUGUAAGACGUCUAUUCAGUCAUCCCACUGAGGCUAUGCAGUAUGGAGAUAGAGAAGAGAUUUUAUAUGUUGCAUGCUCUCCUUCCAAUCAUGAGGGAGAGCCUGAUGUACUCCUAACACUCGAUGUCAACUCAGAUUCAGACACAUAUGGAAAGGUGAUCCAUCGGCUUCUUAUGCCUCAUAUAGGUGAUGAGAUAUCUCGUCUUGGCUGGAAUACUUGUAUGAGUUGCUAUGGUGAAGAUGAAAGUGCAAGUCAUGGGAUGUUAGUUGUCACGUGUCUGCGAUCAUCCAGGAUAUACAUCAUCGAUUUAGCUACUAACCCAAGAGCUCCCGCUAUUAAAAAGAUAAUAGAAGAUGAAUUGAUCCGGGAGAGAUCUGGAUUAACUAGUCCAAUGACAAGCCAUUGCUUAGGUUUCGGGCAAGUGAUGGUCAGCGCACAUGACAAUGGACAAGAUACAUGCGACAAAGGUGGAUUCAUAGUACUGGAGGGUGAUGAUCUUGAUGUAAAAGAGCGUUGGGACAGUGGCCAUGAUUCUAAUGUCGUCUCCUAUGAUUUUUGGUAUCAGCUUCUAACACACAAUGUAAUCAUCAGCAGUACCGGAUGGGGGCGUCGUGAUAUCUUCAAUGGACAAACAUCGAUCAAAGACGCCAUUAGCCAAGCUUCUGCAAGUCGAAGCAUUCAUGUUUGGGACUUUGAGAAGCGAACUGUGAUUCAGGCGAUUGACCUUGGCGUAGAUGGCGCUGUUCCACUAGCAGUAAGAUUUCUUCACGAUGCAGAGAAGAGUGUCGGUUUUGUAUCGUCUGCUACAGGAAAUACCAUUUACAAAUUCUUCAAAACGAGUGAUGACAAGUGGGGUGCUAAGAAAGUUAUCAGUUUAACCCCUGGGGAGUUUUCACGUGAUGGCUGUAAAUCCCUACCAGCUGUUACGUCAGACUUGGUGCUAUCACUAGAUGACCGGUUCUUGUACUGCAGUAACUGGAUGUACGGGGAGGUAUGUCAAUAUGAUGUCACAGAUACGGACAACCCCAAAUUGGUUGGACAGGUCCGUAUUGGCGGGGAUCAUGACAUGAAUGCGAAUUCUGACAAAGGUCGAACAAUCUAUGGUGGCCCUAAUAACAUGACGCUGAGUUUAGAUGGAGGACGUCUCUUCGUGACGACAUCGUUGUUUAGCCAAUGGGAUGCUGAGAUAUAUCCUGACACAGUCAAGAAUGGUUCAUCACUGGUCAUGAUUAAUGUCAACCAGGACGAAGGUGGAAUGUCCCUCGAUCCAGAUCUCAUAGUUGAACUCAGCAAAGGAGAUGGAUCAUCGGUACCACUGUUAGCUAAGGAAAUGAGAUUUCCAGGAGGUGAUUGCACGAGUGAUAUCUUUCUGUCGCUGUGUUCAUUUUCACCUUCUAAGAAAAUCGUCAAAGAGUAGAAUUAUUUUAUUUGAUCCGUCAAAUAUUCGUUUGAAAGGUGUUUUAUAUUUCUCACAAUAUCGACCAUGAUUUUUCUUUUUAAAUACAAUCUAACUCAUGGGAUACGCAAAACAAGUUUUCGGAACAAUUUGAAAUAACUCGCCUAAAACAUUAUUUCCAAUGACUCAUUGAAUUAGCAGUAAUUACAGCAUCCACUCUAGAUUCGAAAUACAGAAGAAAAAUUAUAAUAGAAAGAGGAAUGGGUGGAAUUAAUAUUGUUUUUUUUAUAUAUAUUAUUGGUAGCAGUUCUAGUGGUUAACCCACAAGAGCUCCACGUUUCCUUCCAUAUGGGUCUAUCCAUUCCACUUUCCAUGAAAUCGUUAGACCAGGCUGGUGGAACCUCCUUCAAAAUAAUGUGCACCUUCUCCAAGUUCUUCCAUGGCAGUAUGCCAGAACUUUACCUUGAAUAGUGAUGUCUCAGUGUAUAGCCUAAUUAAUGCAGAUUCCAAACCCAGAAAGGUGCAUUUGAUCAUACAGUAUUAUGAUGCUACAAAGUAAAAACGCUCUUUAAAGUUUUAUAGAUCAAUUUACUGCUACAGUAGUUCUUUAACAGGUCGAAAAAAGUAUAUUUAUUUUGUCUUAGACGAGAUAUUAUAUAAUUGCAAAAUUAUUUUUAUAUUUACAUGUAUAUUCAUAUGUUUUUUAAAAAUCUUAUUGUCAAAUAUUCUUGUACAUUCGGCAGAAUUGUCAUCCUACCUCUUCGAUUCUUUAUCACUAUAGAUGUUGGUUUUCUUAAAUCUCUUCCGGAAAUAUUUGCUAUGGAUGUUUGGCAAUGAUAGACAUUUUAAAUAUUUAGAUUUGAAUCUUGCUCGACUAUUUGUAAUGCUUGCAAAUUUACCUCCUUUAUACAAUGACUUAACUUCUAAAAAUCAUAUAAAGUACGUCAUCGGUAGGUCAACUGCCAUCUUUGGGUUUUGGUUUUGAUAACUGAAUGAAUUUCA